AUGCCUGUUGCUGAAGCCGGGGAUCAAUAUUCAGUUUGGGUGGGACUAAUCUAUAUAUUCAAUUUAAUUGUUGGUACUGGUGCGCUUACACUACCUGCAGCAUUUGCACGAGCAGGAUGGGGUCUAAGUACCAUAUCACUUGUUUUUCUCGCAUUCAUGAGCUUUAUGAAUGCCACUUACGUUAUAGAAACUAUGGCUUGUGCUAAUGCAGUCUUUAAAUGGAAAAGGCUGCAAUUUAUAAAGAGAAAUAGUGUUCAAGACGAGGAACAUUCUGAAGAUGAGCAGUCCACUUCCAACCAAGGAUAUGGAGAACUUGAAGACCCUCUGGUCUGUGGUGAUUCAAUACCAUCACGUUACUAUAGUUUGGAUACGAGAGUAGAACUUGGAGAAAUGGCAAAUCUAUUCCUCAGUAAAGCAGGACGAACAAUGUUUUAUUGUACUCUGUGUGUUUACUUGUACGGAGAUCUGUCUAUAUAUUCAGCAGCUGUAGCUAAAUCCUUGAUGGAUGUUAUAUGCACAAAUAUCCCAUCCAACAUGACAAACACAACGGAUUGGGAGGAUAUGCCGUGUUUCAAUGCAGAGGGGUACACAAGAAUGGAUUGCUAUAGAGUAGCUCUUCUGACCUUCUUUGCUGCGAUGGGUCCUUUCGUCUUCUUCAAUGUACAGAAGACUAAGUACUUGCAGCUGUUUACUUCGGGAAUGAGGUGGCUUGCGUUCGUCAUAAUGAUAUCAUUGGCGAUACACCUCUUGAUCAAACACGGACCUCAAGGAACGCCGCCGGCUUUCGACUUCACCGGAAUGCCAACCCUGUUCGGCGCGUGCGUUUAUUCCUUCAUGUGCCACCACUCCCUGCCUGGGCUAAUCACCCCGAUACGAGGUAAGAAAUACCUCGGUCUCCACCUCUCCCUCGACUACUCGUUAAUCAGCAUCUUCUAUCUCCUUCUCGCGUUUACUGGCGCUUUCGCAUUUGCGAAUUUAAACGACUUGUACACCCUCAACUUCGUGCCCACAGAUAAUGAAAACAUUUUCCUCGAGAUUGUGGACUAUUUCCUCGCUCUGUUCCCAGUUUUCACGCUUUCCACUAGUUUUCCGAUCAUCGCCAUUACGCUUAGGAAUAAUUUGCAAAGUCUCUUCUUGGACACGAGUCGCUUGGAGACGUACAACUUUGUUCUCCGGAAGCUCUUGUUUCCCGUGAUCGCUGUGAUCCCGCCGCUGUUACUCACGUAUUUUCUAGAAGAUAUUAGCGUUCUGAUAAAAUUUACUGGCUCCUACGCCGGUACAGGGAUACAGUACUUGAUACCCACCUUCCUAGUGCUGUCUGCGAGGCGACAUUGCACGAAUUUGUUGGGUUUGGGCGUAGUCAAUAAGUACAAGAGCCCGUUCUCGCACGUCGCGUGGGCGGUAUUCGUUUUGCUUUGGUCCUUCGUGUGUAUCAUACUCGUGUCGGUCAAUAUGCUGGAAAAACAUUGGAGUCGUUGA